AUGUGUGUCCAUGAGAAUGAUUGGGUCAAAGGUGAUCUACAUGUUAGGCAUCCGGAACGAAUAACUAUCUUGAGAGGGAACCACGAAAGCCGGCAAAUCACACAAGUAUACGGCUUCUACGAUGAAUGCCUACGAAAGUAUGGUAAUGCUAAUGUUUGGAAGUACUUCACAGAUCUGUUUGAUUAUUUACCACUAACAGCACUGGUAGAUGGACAGAUCUUUUGUCUACACGGUGGACUAUCACCUUCAAUUGACACACUAGAUCAUAUCCGUGCUCUUGAUCGUCUUCAAGAAGUACCACAUGAAGGACCUAUGUGUGAUCUGCUUUGGUCUGAUCCUGAUGAUAGAGGUGGCUGGGGUAUCUCACCACGCGGUGCUGGAUACACCUUUGGUCAAGACAUCUCGGAGACAUUCAAUCACACUAACGGACUCACGCUCAUCUCCAGGGCUCACCAGCUUGUCAUGGAAGGUUAUAAUUGGUGCCAUGAUAGGAAUGUUGUGACCAUCUUCAGUGCCCCUAACUACUGCUACCGAUGCGGCAAUCAAGCAGCUAUCAUGGAAUUGGACGAUGGUUUGAAGUAUUCCUUCUUGCAAUUUGACCCUGCUCCUAGAAGAGGCGAGCCACACGUCACACGGCGCACACCGGACUACUUCCUCUAGACUUCAAAAUUCCCUGUCAUCAUCUUAUCCCAAAUACUGGAUCCAUCUUGCUGGGUAGGGUAGUGGAAAUGAUACCUUAACCGCAGGAUCACCACUGUAUCCAGUUGAAAAUGAUCCUCCAGUUGGAGUUUCAACUUUUCUCAUGAUUUCUUCUUCUAUAGAUUGUAAUUUUUCUGCAUGUGUGGAGGGGGGGGGGGGUAUUUGUUCAAAAAGUUUUAAUUCUGUAGAAGGAUAUGUUGCAGAAUGUGAACUUCUUGGAUUCAUUAUCAAAUUAGUAUUAAUUGUGAAUGUACCUUGUGUUUUGUUUGUUACAUCAGGGUAUGCUUACUACUCGAAGUAAUGCUGUUUGGCUGGUAAAUUAGCCAUUUCAGUAUACUUAGAAUGGAGUGCAGGACUUCAUCAAUCAUCUAUGUAAUUGUAAUUAAGUAGCCCUAUAACGGCAUAAUCUGACUUCCUACUUGAAUUACUUAUUUUGUGUAUUGCAUUGUCAGAAUACAGAAGAAGUCAUGAGAAAAUCAUAAAACCUGAUUGGCACUUACAAUCUCAAGUUUUGAUCCAUUUCUGUAGGAAACCUUACGACUCGUUUCAAAAGGGGGCACUGCCUGAUGGUAAAAAUUGUCUCCCUGUUGUGCUACUGUGAAUGAUUGUAGGUCUACUUCUAUCCUAAUUUACGAAUCUGAAUCUGAAUCUUCAACUUCAGAUUAGAAAUAUUGGCAUGUAAUAUAAAUGGUCGGAUAUUGAAUUCUUUUGACAGAUGACGGCUCCGCUCUCACACCGGCUGAUGAAGUGAUUGUUAGUCUACUUGUUAGACCAACCAAAUUACAUGCAUACUUAUGUAGUGGAAAUGCAAGUAUUAAGGGGUAUACUGCUUCAGUUGGUGGGGGGUUCACAAAGAUUCACCUGGACAAGAAAUAACACUCGACAAUGGCACACCAGUUAAGACCAUUUCUUAAAACUUGAUCAUCGGUCUCUCUGAAUAAUUUGCAUAUCAUCACGGUUACGCAUCCAAACCAAUUAGUUCCCAUCAACGAUUAACCUUUGGAUAAAUAAUGCUAAUUUUUAGGUACGCGUGACCAUCAAUUUUAUGUUAUGCGUAUUUGUUGAGAAUUACAGAUGAAAGCGAAUGGUGGCCUUCCAUAGUUUAGUGCAAUAGCAGUCAAAACCAGUCUUUGUGAAAGCCCCCCUCUCCCCGUACCCAGACCGAUGCAGAAACAGUUUUCAUUGGGCCCGUCUUCGGUGGGAUUCCAUGCUCGGCUCACUUCCACGUACGCAAUGGGAGAAUUUAAAAAUGACAUAAAUUAAUGAAUUCAAGACAGAGCCAUGAGGAAUUCAUGAUUGUUAAACGAUGUUUAUGUAUUGUAGAUAUUGGUCUCAGACGAGAAUGGGGAUGCAUUAUAGUCAUGUACAUGUCAUCUCUUCAGAGCUAAAAGGGCAUAACACCUGCUCAUGCAUGCUCUACUGGCUUUCACCACAUGCAAUCUCCAUUCAUACUUCUCAUUCAUGGUGGUUAGAGUUUGAGCUGGGCUGCUUUUGACUAGUUUGAACGUUUUUUGCUUUCAAGUAAAUAGAUGUGUAUAAAAGGGUAGUUCCAACUAACAUGUUGCCAUUAUAGGCUUUUUCCAAGAAAUCAGUCUUGUUUUAAGAAUCGUCAUGGCUGGAUGUAACUGGAAGCCUCAGAUAUGGCCUAUUUGCAGACAUCUGUUAAUUAUUACUCAAAAAACAAUUUGUUUAGACAGAUCAUUCCUGUGUGUUUUUUCCUCUCCUUUUUUUUUUAGACUUUUUUCAUCAGAAUUAGCUGAUACAUCUAUAGAGAAACAUGAUUUGAUGAUGGAUUUUGCAAAAAAAAAUAAAAUGUAAUAUAACAUGUUCUCAUAUCUAUUAUAAUAUCUUUAUUUAAAAGAAUGGAUCAUAAUCAAUUACUUUAUUUGAAAAUGAUAAUAGGUUGGUCUAUCUGAAUGUGAUAUUCACAUCAUUUUGAUUAGGUCGAUAAUCUGAUAUGAACAUGUCUGCAAUUUUUCUAAUACCAAUCCCCGUUUUUCUUUUUUUUUAUGAAUGGAAAUUUUGACAGAAUGCCCAGGCUAUGUUAUGUGGAUCAUUACAUUAUCUGGAAUCCCUCCACAUUAGUACACCUAAUCACAUGAAUUCAUGAGCUAUGUGUACAUCACUCCACAUUAGUACACCUAAUCACAUGAUUUAAUGAGCUAUGUGUACUCAAGAUUGUGUGUUAACUGUAGCAGUCUAAACUAAGCAUAGAUAAGUACAAUAAAAGUGAAACGAAAUCAGACUGCGUUGGUUAUUAUCGAUGUGAAUCAUCUCUUGAUGAGAAAGUAAACAAACUGGUUAUUCACUACUAACUAUUAAAAUGGAUAUAUUGUUAUCGCGUAUAUUAGAAGCAGCCUGUUGCUGAGGAGAUGUAAUUUAGUGGCUGCGUUUUUAUCUAGCUAUUGAGAAAAACAAGCAAAAGAUGUGUUGCGUCAGAAGAUACUGAAUUGUCUGGCUUCGUUUUAAAUUAUUGAAUUUGUCAUAAAAUGAAAUUGUUUUCUAUGUUGUGUAUAUUGAGAGUUAAUUUGAUAUUUGCUUUUGGAAGAGAGCAAAAGGGGGGAAUUGAAUUUAAUAUUUAAUGUCUUGAUAUAAGUCUGUCUUAUUGUAUUGCUAGACAGAGAUGAGCUAUAAUCUUAAAAACAAAUUGGAAUAUGUUUCACAAAGGUAAUGUUGCAAGAUAGGUUUUAGGUCCCAAAAUCUGUUGUAAGAUGCAAUUGUAAUUCACUGCUGGACUGUUCCUUGCAACGUAGACUAAAAUCAACCUUUUUGGCAUGUAAUUUUGAACAUUAUCCGAAACAAAUUUCUCACAACAUGCUCCAAGAUUGACUGGUAUUGCUAAUAACUAUAACAAGCUAUGGUUCCAUUGUUUGCUUUCACCAUACUCUGAAUCAUCAAAAGCACUGAUGUAAUUUUUUUUAUCAACAUUUGAAUUCUACAGAUUUGUGCCUGGGAGUGUUGCAAGAAAAUAUUUGCAAUUAAUUGCAAAUUCCAGUAGCAAGUUACAGAUCAAUUUUAAAGGGAUAGUCCGGGCUGAAGAUAUUUAUAUCAUAAUAAAUGGAGAUUCACAGAGCAAAAUGCUGAAAAUUUCAUCUAAAUCAGAUAACAAAUAACAAAGUUAUUGAAAUUUAAAGUUUAGCCAUAUUUUUUUUAAACGGUUAUAUGCACAUCAUCAUGAAUAUUCAUUAGUUGGGUUGAUGAUAUCACAUCCCCACUUUCCUUUUUCUUAUGUAAUUACAUGGAAUCAUAAUUGUUUCAUUUUUUCAUACAUGUGUAAAAAAUGAUGCAUCUCCAUUAUAAUGAAAUGUUGCAGCAAUAAAUAAUCAGUUGCCAAUCCUUAUUUCAUAUGAUAAAAUACAAAAGAACAAGUGGGGAUAUGACAUCAGUUUGCUCAUUGAAUAUUCAUGAAGACGUGCCUAGAACUGUUUCACCGGAAUAAUGCAAAUCCUUAGAAUUCAAUAACUUUGUUAUUUGUUAUCCGAUAUUGAUCAAAUUUUCAGCAUUUUGCUCUGCGAAUUUUACGCUAUUUAUUGAGAUAUGAAUAUCUUCAGCCUGGAGUAUCCCUUUAACUAAAACAAAUUAAUUUAUAAUUGUUGAUCAUACAAGAAGGAGACCUGCGAUCAAUAGUAAAUUGGCAAUUAAUUGCAAGACUUAUGAUUGAUUUUGGGAUCUAAAAUUGACUUGUCUUUGAUUGCAAGUUUCUUGUUACACCACCUAUGUUGACUCCAUUCAUGAAAGACUAGUGGUGGAAGCAGCUAGUGACAUGAUAUGGCUUGCUAUAUACUUUAUGACCAAUUUUGGCAAUCCAUUCUGCAAAUCUUUGUGAAACUCCGUUAUGACUUUCCUGGAGAUUAUAUUGUAUAUGUUUGGGUUUACAGUGUACUACUUCUUGACCUAAAAACACUGCGACACAUUUGAUAAAAAUCUAUUCUAGUUUCCUUAACCCCAACUGUUUUUAAACAAGUUUAUUGAUACUAAGAUUGUGUUAAUGUAAUUAUACCAUCAGCGACUUUUUGUAUGUGAAAUUCCUUAUCUAUCCAUGACAGUUGUAACUGUAUAAAAGAGAGAAUUAAUUCCAUGUAGAUAUUAGUAGCCUGUAACCCAUCGUGUCAGUGCAAAAAUGCCCUUAACAUGACACUCUUGCGCAUCACAUGCACGCAAAAACGCCCCUAGCAGCAUGUGUAAGUGCGUUGCAUAAGGGCAUUUCUGUACUGAUGCGGUGCACGAAUAUGUUUUGCUAAGGGCGUUCUUGCGCCGACACAGUGAACUGUUAGCCUAUUUUUAAAUGAUGUAAGGUAGUUAUCUUUUUGAAGGCUUAGCUUUGUAGGCCCAUUUAGAUGUGACAUGAAAUCCUUGUUCUUCUACAGCAGACUAUACCAUGCCAUAUCUGAAUGAUCCUUGCAACAUGGCAAUUAUUUCCUGUGUCUGAAAGGAGACCUUCUGUGUUAGGGUUUAUCAGGUAUGCCUGGUUGGUCUACACUGCUGUACACAUAACUUUUUACCAUCCUGAUUACCAAAGUCAAUAAUAUUCAAUGUUUGAAGUAAGAUUUAUAUAUAUUAAGUGUAUAGCACCAAUGUUGACUUUUCCUCAUCUUUAGUUUCUUUAAAAAUAGAUGGUAUUCAGUUCUAGUUCCUCCUUUUUAAUUAUUUUUUAUUUGAAUUGAGUCGAAAAAUUUUGAUUUAAAAAGUCUGUUGGAACUUUUGUUUAAACUGAAAAGCGAAUAAUCCAGCUAAUUUUCAAUGUCAUCGAAUUCUCUAUGUUGUAGUUGAUGUAUUGAGCACCAUCUUGUGAAGAGGUCCGUUCACAUCAGCAUCGCCAAACGUUUUAAAGCAUUGUUCAUUCAGGAGAUUAUUGUGUAGAUGUUGGUUUAGAACGGUGAAGAUUUAUUUUUGUAAUGUGAACAGUGACAUUGCAUUAUACCCAUACAUCUAUAUUCAGUGUAAUUUCUUACCAUUUUAUAAACGUAAUUUGUACCACUCCCUUUCUGUGUAAUAUUCCCUGUGACCUGAAUUUACACAUGGAAGUUAAAAAAACUCAAAGCUUUCAUUUUGUAUUCUUUUGAGAUAAUGCUACAUGUUGAAAUCUGGCUAUUUCUUCUGUGGCACAAAAAAAAAUGACUAAGGUACCUUACCAAAAGCCUUUGUCGUGUCUUUUAUUGAAAAUUCUUCACAGCAUCUUUACAAUUUGUUUUGACGUUUGAAGGUGAAAAGUCUCUUGUUGGAUUCUUGAAGGAUAGACACAGCUCUGACUUAUGAUGAGGUACCUUAAUUGCAUAAAUCACUUCUUUGCACCAAGAGAAAUGAAAUACAUGUACUUCAUUAAGAAAAAAAAAUGAUAAUCACUUGAUAUCUCCCUUAUAUUUAAAAGGCCCAUAUCCUGCAAAUCUAGUUUAAAAAAUGGUUCAAGGUACCUUUUUAAAGGUGAGAGCCUACUUUGGAGUCUCUUGUACCUAUCUCCCUUGCCAUCUUGGCCAUGCUUCUACCUUCAGCUGCUUCAAUCAAAUUGAAAGUCCUUGAGUAUCUGUGAGUAAUAGAGAGAGGCACUCUUGGGGUCUGUUUCACCAAACUAUCAUUUGUCAAACCUUGUUGACAAUCCAUGGAAACUGGUGUUAAUUCUAGAACACACAUCUCUAUGGGUUGUUCAUAUGGUUCCAGGAGUGUUUUGUGAAGGUUUUUAGUAGCUUAUAACAAAUAAUCACUGAAAAUAACUUUUCUUUAUGAAAUGCUUCUGGGUUGUAUUGUUUUGUGAAACUGGUCUCAGACAAACAUCCUUGGUUGACCAGGGGCCUGGUUUCAUAAAGAGAUACAGCUAUAGUAACGUUGUCAUUAUGACAACUACCAUGGUAACAAGGCUCAAACUGCAAUCACAAUCAAGGUUUCCAUUGGUAGUUACAAUAUUGGCAAAGUUAGUAUAGUUGUAAGCCUUUCUUCAAUGGGCCCCCAAAGCCCUGUUCUAGAAAAGAUGAAAUUAUGGCAACUCAACUAUUCAGUGGUGAUUACAUGAAAUCCUUGAUUUUAUUUGGCAGUUGAUAAUUGUUGCCAUGGUAGUUACCAUAGGAUUGUAAAGUUAUUGUUUUGUGCCCCUGAACUAAUAUAACGUCCAUCAAACUGGUUUUGAUCUUGCAGAAUAUGGGCCUAUAUAUUUAAUCUAGAAUUAAGAUAAUGGUCCUCGUGUAAUGCUGACUGUACAGCCCCAUUCAUGCGUUAUUAGUGUUCAUAUUAUACUACAACAUAUCAUUUUUUUUUAUUUGAUAAAGAUAAAUUGCAGGGAAAUGUAGCCCUCUUUGUAAUCUUUGUUCCAUGUCUAAUGAAAAAAAAGCUUUAUAUCUGGUUUAAACUGAGAAGAAAAUUGUUAAAUGUGUUUCAAAAUAAUUAAAAAAAAGCAAUGCUAUGAGUGUGACACUAUUUGAA